CAGUACAUCGCCACGCUAUAACGUUUCGCAGCCCUUAAGCGGAUUGGCUAAUAUUUCGUUGCCAUAGACGUUAUGACAACAUUUGGAGAGCAUGGCUGCAAAGCAAACUAGGGAGCUCUUGUAGUUCUGUAUCCGUUUUUCCAUAGCUUGAUAGCGAAGAAUGGCUAUCAUCUUCACCCCACGACCUGGGAUUUCACAUAUAUGCGUAUAUUUUACCUUGAUAUAUUGUAUGAAGGCUGCACUUGGCAAUCUCGUUUUUCAGCCAGUCUUUGUCGUGGCCUCUGGACCAAGGGUAACCGCCUUUUUGCAAGGAAACACCUCUGGCAUUUCUGUGAUUGUCCGUUCCGUUUCACCGUUAAACACAACGGGCCGUCUUCCUCCGCCGUCCUGUGCAGAAGAGGACCCGGGACAAUGGAUUCUCACCCAGGAAACGGUGGACAAGUCCGUAGUGAAGGUGACGCUGAGUCUGAACCGCAGCUUGCAGCUCUGUGGCAAUGAGACGGACUGCUGCCCGGAGCCUCUGUGCGUGCAGGAGAUUCUGCAGGUGUCCGCGUGCCUGGGUGACGAGCACCGGGCCGCACUGCUGGUUCAGGCCCAGAUCUACGCCCUGAUUCUUCCCACGGGCCCUCUGUCAGAAAAUAAAACUGCCAUUCCAAACCAAGCCUACCAGCCACUCGGCCCAUGUCCCUGUGAUCUGAAAGCUGGAGCUUGUGAUGUCCGCUGCUGUUGUGACCAGGACUGUUCCCCGGACGUUCUGAAGCUGUUCGGAACCCAGUGCCUUCCGGGGGUGUUCGGAGGGAACGUCACCCCCGCCCCCGAUUACCAGUGUUCCGCGCAGUCCGCCAGCAACGCGCCUGACUGGUUCCCUUUCCUCUGCGUCACCUCCCCUCCCGAAAACAACCCGUACCUUGGGCUCUUCCACCAGGGACAGACAGUCACACCCAAGCGUAGCGCAUCCUUCCAGGCUCCAGUUCUCACAGCACCGCUGCCCCCUAGUGACUACCGCCAAGGGGACCCCCUCUUCACUGCUCGCGGCCAGUACUUCACCAUCCCUCAGAAAUCCCUGGCUGGCCAGUGUCUCUCCAGAGCCCCUGUGGCGUUUCUGUGGAACUUUGAGACACACUGCGUGACCCGUCUCCAGUCCUGCCCGACCGGGCCCCCCCUGUUCGUCGCUGCCUCGGAGCUGGGUGUCCCGCUAAGGGAUGGACUGGGGGGUAUAGUCACUGUCAGCGUGACAGAAGUGAGGGCUGGUGAUCUGGGCUCCUUUGUGUCUGUCCCUGUCCCAGUGAAUAGCGGCAGUGGGCAGGGCUUCCCUCCAGCGCCCCUGUCGGCUGGACCGCCCCAGCUGUGUGAGAAUGUGACCGUCGCGCUGAACUACACUUUCUACUGGAGCGGAAACGGCCUCACCAACGUCACUCUCACUCAGACGCUGGCGGACGUGUUGUUGGAUCCAAGCGUCUCCCUGACCGUCCGGUUCUCUGCAAGGUUUGUGAACGGGGACGGAACUGCACAGUCCAAUUCUGGCAACCCAGGUUAUCAGACUGGGCUGCCCGUUUUUGGGGGGUCUGUGGAUGCUGCCGCCAAUGACUCGGCGCCCGUCCGGAGGGUCCCCCUCGGCCUCUGGGCGACAGUCGGGGAGGGGUUGUGCUCCUCAGCCCGCAGUAGGCCAGUUCUGUUUGGGGAGAACGCGACGGCGGGGUGCCUGGUACCCGUGGGGCUGCUGGACUUGGCCCAGUGCGCCCAGCUCAGAGAAACUGUGCGGAGCACUCUGGCUGCUCUGGUGAACGUGACCUACGUCGCCAGAAACGGGAAUCCUGAUUCCGCCAACCUGGCGGACUGGGUGAACAUUACCUUCGUGCCCGUGAAUGCCAGCAAUCUGCCCGUGGGACCCCCCGGCACCUGUACGGGCGUGCCUGCUCACCUGAACAUCCACAUCGGCAGCACCGCGGCGGGGCAGCCGGGAGCCCAGGCUCAGAGGGAGAUCCGGGCCGUGGAGGUCAGUUUUGCGGUGACAACCUGGACCAUUGAGUGUGGAGGGGGUGACCCUGGCCCCUGUCUGAGCUCCGCGGUGACUCAGUCCUUCCCCAUUUCGUCUUCGGUCACCUUCAUCGACAUCCCUGCCCAGACGGCCCCGCCCAAAACCAGGUUUCAGAUCAAUUUCACCGAGUACGACUGUGACAGGAACGAUGUCUGCUGGCCACAGCUGGCGUAUCCGCUGACUCGGUACUACACAGGUGAGCCCUACUCGCAGUCCCUCGCCAAAGGCCUGAUCCUGGUCUUCUUCUUCAUCGCUGCGUCUGUGCUGGGAUCGCCAUGGAAACAGAUCCGCCAGGCGUGGAGCAACGCCUCCCUGUAGACCCCCGCCUUCACACACAGGCUGACGGACCGGCCCCUUCAGCCGGGGGGGGGAGAGAGGGGCCUGUCUCCAUAAGACUGUUUGGGCAUUUAACAUUACUGUACCAUGUUUACACAUCUUUAUGAUGGAUGGGUGCGAAAGAGGAAAACAUGUCAAAGUGCCUCUAAGCUUAUGACACCAUUGCACCUGCACACAAAGGUGAGGUCACUCACUUUCAUUGGAAGGGGGGAGACUCUGCCUCUAGCUUGUGUUUUAGCAGUGGUGUGUCAGUUUGAUUGUGUCAGUGCAAUCUAAAUCAGCGCUAGGUCUGAUCAAAAUAAGUGUCAGCUUUACUUUUUGAGCGAUAUAAUCCCCUGGCUCAAAUGUCUGAUGCACUGUUCCAUUGACUUCCUUCCUCUCAGGAAAUGUUUUUCGUAACUUGAGAAUUAUUUGAAAAUAUGCUACCACAACAGAAAAGGACAUGGCUUGAGUUUUAAUUCAGUUUUGCUCUGUGACUGGAUUCCAUCAUCCUGGCUUCACUUAGGUCCUCCUCUGGUAAAAUGAGAACAUUUACAUGUAGAACCAGUAAACUGCCCCAUAAUGUUGGCAGCAUCAUCAUCGUAAAGUAUUCAUAGAAAGUAAAAAUCGUGUUUUUUUUUUUUAAUGUACCUAUUAUCUUUGGUCAAGGACCCGGAUAUCCUGUGUGUAAAAAUGUAUGUACAUAUUGUUGUGUAAAUAUGUAAAUUGCGUUUUAUGUUAUUAUGCAAUUUCUUUUUUUAAAUAAAAAAAGUUUUGUUUAAGGUUA